AUGAACAAAAAUGGAACAGCUAAAAUGAAUGAUAAUCAAAUAAGAGCCGAAGGUAGAAGGUUAUUUAAACGCUUCUAUAACAUUCCUGAUGGUGUUAAUCCUAAAACUCGUAGAAGUUAUUUAAAUGAAGCCAUAGAUGCAUAUGAAGGAUUUGACAUUUCAUCAGAAAGUGAGAGGUUAGCAAGAAUGUUAAAUGUUAAUAUUGAUUUCUAUUAUUGUGAUCCUCAACCAGAAGACGUAGACAUUAACAAGGUAGACUUUCCAUUAGUGGAUUCAAUAAUGAUAGAUCCAGAAUUUGAAACAGUAAAUAUUUUAUUAACACAGAGUCCAUGUGGAAAACUUCACGCUGACAGAAUAACAGACGUUGAAGCACUCACAGGAUAG